GCCGGUCGAACUAGGGCAGCGCCUGCCGGGACCCCCCUGUCACUCUUAGGCGGCGUGCCGCCGCGCCGCUCAGCUUUUCCGCGUCUCCCUCAGCCUGGCAGCAGCCUCGAUCAAGAAAGUACUAUGACGGAGGCCGAGGACUUCAUGCUCCGGGUAGAGAAACAGCACUGGGAUUAGGAUUGCCACUUCCGAGAGGAUGCUGGGAAUCUGCAGAGGGAGACGGAAAUUCCUGGCUGCCUCUCUGACUCUUCUCUGCAUCCCAGCCAUCACCUGGAUUUACCUGUUUGCUGGGAGCUUCGAAGAUGGAAAGCCCGUGUCCCUGUCUCCGCUGGAGUCCCAGCCGCACAGCCCCCAAUACACGGCCUCCAGCCAACGGGAGCGUGAGAGCCUGGAAGUGCGCAUGCGUGAGGUUGAGGAGGAGAACAGGGCCCUCCGCAGGCAGCUCAGCCUGGCACAGGGCCGGGCCCCAGCCCAUCGCCGUGGCAACCACUCCAAGACUUACUCCAUGGAGGAGGGUACUGGGGACAGCGAGAACCUUCGGGCAGGUAUCGUGGCGGGCAACAGCUCCGAGUGUGGGCAGCAGCCGGUCGUGGAGAAGUGUGAGACAAUCCACGUUGCUAUUGUCUGCGCAGGGUACAAUGCCAGCCGUGAUGUCGUCACCUUGGUCAAGUCCGUCUUGUUUCAUAGGCGGAACCCUCUGCACUUCCACCUCAUUGCCGACACCAUCGCGGAGCAGAUCCUGGCCACGCUCUUCCAGACGUGGAUGGUGCCUGCCGUGCGUGUUGACUUCUACAACGCAGAUGAGCUCAAGUCUGAAGUUUCCUGGAUCCCUAACAAACACUAUUCUGGAAUUUAUGGUCUGAUGAAGCUUGUCCUGACCAAGACCCUUCCUGCCGACCUGGAACGGGUCAUCGUCCUUGACACUGAUAUCACCUUUGCUACCGACAUUGCAGAGCUGUGGGCUGUAUUUCACAAGUUCAAAGGUCAGCAGGUCCUGGGGUUGGUAGAGAACCAGAGUGACUGGUACCUUGGAAAUCUGUGGAAAAAUCACCGCCCUUGGCCUGCUCUUGGAAGGGGCUAUAACACAGGGGUGAUCCUGCUGCUUCUGGAUAAGCUGCGGAAGAUGAAAUGGGAGCAGAUGUGGAGGCUUACCGCAGAGAGAGAGCUGAUGGGCAUGCUGUCCACAUCCUUAGCUGACCAGGAUAUUUUCAAUGCUGUCAUCAAACAAAACCCCUUCCUUGUGUAUCAGCUGCCCUGCUUCUGGAACGUGCAGCUGUCGGACCACACCCGCUCUGAACAGUGCUACAGAGAUGUGUCUGACCUGAAGGUCAUUCACUGGAACUCCCCCAAGAAGCUUCGGGUGAAGAACAAGCACGUGGAGUUUUUCCGCAACCUUUACCUGACCUUUCUGGAGUAUGAUGGGAACCUGCUGAGGCGGGAACUGUUUGGCUGCCCCAGUGAAGCAGAUGUCAACAGUGAAAACCUCCAGAAGCAGCUCUCUGAGCUGGAUGAGGAUGACCUGUGCUAUGAGUUCCGGCGAGAGCGUUUCACCGUCCACAGGACCCACCUGUACUUCUUACACUACGAGUACGAGCCUGCUUCCGACAACACGGACGUCACCCUGGUUGCUCAGCUCUCCAUGGACAGGCUCCAGAUGCUGGAGGCCAUCUGCAAGCACUGGGAGGGGCCCAUCAGCCUGGCCCUCUACCUGUCUGACGCUGAGGCCCAGCAGUUCCUCCGCUACGCACAGGGUUCUGACGUGCUCAUGAGCCGCCACAACGUGGGCUACCACAUCGUGUACAAGGAGGGCCAGUUCUACCCCGUGAACCUGCUGCGCAACGUGGCCAUGAAGCACAUCAGCACGCCCUACAUGUUCCUGUCUGACAUUGACUUCCUGCCCAUGUACGGGCUCUAUGAGUACCUCAGGAAGUCUGUCAUCCAGCUCGACCUUGCCAACACCAAGAAAGCAAUGAUCGUCCCCGCAUUUGAGACACUGCGCUACCGACUCUCAUUCCCCAAAUCUAAAGCAGAGCUGCUGUCAAUGCUGGACAUGGGAACUCUCUUCACAUUCAGGUACCACGUCUGGACGAAAGGCCACGCACCCACAAACUUCGCCAAGUGGCGGACUGCCACCACGCCUUACCGGGUGGAAUGGGAGGCCGAUUUCGAGCCAUACGUUGUUGUGAGACGGGACUGCCCUGAGUACGACCGGAGGUUUGUGGGCUUUGGCUGGAACAAGGUGGCUCAUAUCAUGGAGCUGGAUGCACAGGAAUAUGAAUUCAUCGUGUUGCCCAACGCCUACAUGAUCCACAUGCCUCACGCCCCCAGCUUUGACAUUACAAAGUUCCGUUCCAACAAGCAAUACCGCAUCUGUCUCAAAACCCUGAAGGAAGAAUUUCAGCAGGACAUGUCCCGCCGCUACGGCUUCGCUGCCCUGAAAUAUCUCACGGCUGAAAACAACAGCUAGCACCAAGGUGCCCACCACUAGGGAGAGACACGCUGCAGGGGAAGAGCCACUUGCUGUUGGGGGCCCAGCCUUCAAACUCAAAAUUUAGCAGUGCUUUUUGGUUUGUUUUUAUUUGUCUCUUUGGCCCAACAAAGCUGCCCUCACUACAGAGGCCUGGAACAAGGUUCCAGCAGCCCCUCUCUGCCCCACAACCCAGCAUUCCCAGAAUGUGGAAAAACAGCCCACCUGUACUAUCUCUUCAAGAAUGGGACACGGGGGGUGAGAGGGAAUAAGAGAUCGUCACCUUACCACAGAGCCACACAACCAAGGCAGGUCUUUAUGCUGUUCUCGUUGGUUUUUAAUAAUUAUGCUUCCCAUCAUAGCUGGGGAGAAACAGAAGUCAGGGUGGUGGGGGUUAUCCAUCCCAGGAAAUAAAAUAAAAAAUGCCUCUUCAUUAAGAGGGAACUUUCUUUGCCUUGCAAUCUAGGUGAGUACCUAAGAAGGAGGGCAAACCAAUGAUCUAAACCAACUAUUUGGAAAAAUCCAAUGGGGACUGGUAUCUGGAGGGACCUAGAGGUAGUGGUGAUUGGUUCUUUAUCUUCAAGGUCACUCUUGUUUUGUUUUGAUUUGUUUUUGUUUGAGGGAUUUUGUUUGUUUGUUUUUGGUCUGGGAAUCCAAUAGAAAAGCUGGUCCUUUGAGGGUCUAAGGGAGAAUCAGCUGCCUCAGUGUCCCUCUAUCAGCAGUGGCCCAGCAGGGAAGACAAGCAUCUUCAGCCAGUAGUUAAACACGGGCAGCUUUCUUCAGGAUCAUCACCGAAGCUCCUGUGAUUUCGAAUUCCUUACUCUCCCAAAUCCAGGGGCGACAGUGGGGACUGUGGAAAUGCCCAGGCUGACUGUUUUAUACCGUCACAUUUUCUAUUGGCAGUGACGGGUUCACAGGGAAAGGGCUUUGAAGAAACUAUUUCAGUGCACAAGAAAGGUACGAACCUCUCAGGCCUUUACUGCGAGCCCAGGGCUGAAGAUUCAUGUGUUGUCUGGAGACCCAGGGGAAGAACGUGUUUGGAUUCCUCUGUGUCAUGCCUGCUUCACUGUGGAUGGGAAGAGGCCGAGACCUCAGUCUCCCUUUGGGACCUGCCCAAGGGUAGGCAACACCUUCACUGCUACACAGAUCACGGAGACACUGGACUUUUUACCCAUUUUCUUUAAUCUUCAAUAUUAAUGUUGUGUUUACAUUAAUGAGAACAAGAGUCAGUGCCCCACCCUCUGCUGGGCUGUUUGUAUUGAGUUGCGAUGUGAGCAGUGAAAGCUGCCUUCAAUAAAGGAAAGUACGGACUGUUUCUUC